AUGUUGCACUACAUUAGUCAAGUCAGAGAGAAUCCUGCGAGCGGCUGUAACGCUAAAAUAAAAUCCACUUUUCGAGACACACGUUAUACUUCUGACGACGAAUUUUACCGACGGCGGAUUUUUAUCGACGCGCCGGAUGGAAUCGCGCUUCGCGGAAAAUCCGUCGUGUGGCGCACAUCGCGCAGUCGCCAUCUUAGAGUCGCAGGUCGCGUCGUUUCGAAGCAGCUCCGGCACGCUCCGCGUUUCGCCGACCCUUUCGCAUCGAAAAAUCAUGUCGCGCUUGUAGCAAUAGUACAUCCCGAGAAGGAUCGCCAUAAGCCGGACAUCAGCAACAAAUCAUCCCCGUUGGAGACUUACGAGAGGAUAAGCGGAAGGAUCAUCUCGUUAUCCCCAUCUCGUUCCCGAAAGGCAUCGUGGCGACGAGAGGAAAUUGCUGGACAAGGUAUUGGCUGGACGUUCAUUGCGACGCUAAAGAAUAGCGAGUGUAUGCCCCGCGCAUUGUGCUGCCCUAUGGAAAGCCGACGCGUUUGCAGGAUACCCGAUAAGUGGCCGUUCACCAAGGAAGAUCGCUGACGCUUGUCCUUCCUUUUUGUCCCGCCUUCGCAUUUCUACGAGUCCCUCUUACAGCUUCAUCGAAUCUCUCGGUUCACCGCGCGUUCCUCCUCGUAUACCUCGCGGUGUAUGUUUAGGGAGAGCGCUCACCCACGCACAUAUCGAAUCUCGUGACACACGGAGCGGCGAUAUGAGCAAUAU